AUGUGUCUCGAGAAAAACUGUAAUAAGUCAGGUUUGAACGUUCCUUGAGAAGAUCCUAACACUAGUAUACAAUACAACCACCUCCUCCUUACUUCUCCAUCUUCUUUUUAUCUCACCAGCACCUACUCUUUUUCCUCUCUAACACUGCUGUUCUUGCUCCAAUAUUUCUUCCUUCUUCUUUUAGUUGAUCUCACUGUUUCAACGCUUCAAUGGCUCACAAUCACAUUCCAGGUGAUUCUAAAGAUCAUGCCUCAAAUACAAACGGAGGGUCUCAAGAUAACAAAUACAAAGUUAUUUGCUUUGGGGAAAUGUUGAUCGAUUUUGUGCCUACAGUUGGUGGAGUUUCACUAGCUGAAGCACCUGCUUUCAAGAAGGCUCCUGGGGGUGCUCCUGCUAAUGUGGCUGUUUGCAUAUCAAGACUUGGUGGUUCAUCAGCUUUUAUAGGCAAGCUAGGUGAUGAUGAUUUUGGUUACAUGUUGUCUGACAUAUUAAAAGAAAACAAUGUUGAUAAUUCUGGUGUACGAUUUGAAACAAAUGCAAGGACUGCAUUGGCAUUCGUUACUCUCAGAGCUGAUGGUGAACGUGAAUUCUUAUUUUUCCGUCAUCCAAGUGCAGACAUGCUCCUUCACGAGUCAGAACUAGAUAUAAAUCUGCUAAAGCAGGCAAAGAUCUUUCAUUAUGGUUCUAUUAGUUUGAUUUCGGAACCAUGCAAGUCAGCUCAUCUUGCUGCAAUGAAGAUUGCCAAAAGCUCUGGCAGCAUCCUUUCUUAUGAUCCAAAUUUGAGGUUGGCAUUAUGGCCAUCACCAGAGGCUGCUAGGGAUGGAAUAAUGAGUAUAUGGGAACAAGCUGAUGUAAUCAAGAUGAGUGAGGACGAAAUUUCAUUUUUAACUGGAGGUGACGAUCCUAAUGAUGAUAAUAUAGUCUUAAAGAAGCUUUUUCAUCCUAAUCUGAAACUUUUGGUUGUAACUGAGGGCUCAGAAGGCUGCAGAUACUACACCAAGGAAUUCAAAGGCAGGGUUGCUGGUGUUAAAGUGAAACCCGUUGACACAACUGGUGCAGGUGAUGCGUUCGUUGGUGGGAUUCUGAGCAGCCUAGCAACUGAUGUUAGUCUCCUUAAGGAUGAGAAGAGGUUAAGAGAAGCUCUUCUAUUUGCGAAUGCCUGUGGUGCUGCCACAGUAACAGAGAGAGGUGCAAUCCCUGCACUACCCACCAAAGAAGCGGUCCUCAAACUAAUAGAGAAAGUCUCUACUUGACGAAUGCAUGAAACAAAUUACAAUUUCAUCAGCUUUUUUAUAUUUACCUUAUGCAGGUUAAAGUCCAUAUAGAUAACAAGCCCCUUUUUUUUUUUUCGUUUUGCCUUUUUGUUAGCUUCAGUUUCUCUUGUAUGGUUAUAAACAAAAAGGUUGUAGUUUAGCCCCCUGCGCUCUCUGGUGGGCAUUAUUUUGAUUUCAAGGGUUUUAGAUUAGAUUGAGCAAUAAAAUUUAGUGACUAGAAAUUUACUCA